AUGAACUUGCUUUCAUUACCUGAUGAGGUUCUACUGCUUAUCCUUACAAAGUUUGAAGAUGUGUAUGAACUCAUUGACCUCUCCAGGGUGUGUAAACAAUUCCAGGCUCUGAUCAAGUCGUUUGUCCUUGUACUUGGUGAUGCUGAAGAGCAGAGUGAAUACUUCAAAGGCAUAAGUGGCAGAUAUUUACACAUGGAUCAGUCAAGUGAUCGUUCAGAGAUUGAAUCUGUUGUUCACAGGUUCCAAUUGUUCAUCUUUGAAUACUCAGGGCUAUCACCAGACUCUACAGGCUCGUAUCCAUAUCUGUACACAAUUGCCAGUUGUAAACUACGGCCGCUGUCACCUCUGAUUGAGGUCUUCAUGACAAGGAAAGGUGCGAGUCGGUCAUUUCAGCAGAAGAGUCGAUACUGGCUCGACUACGAGCCUGUGGAGGAGAAUCGAGCAUCGAACACUGAGGCCAUGAAAUUCCAUGCUAUGCUCUCGCAGGUUUCAAAGACGAUGUUCUUAAACGAUGCUGAAGAUGCCUUGAAAACAUUUAACCAUGAGGAUUUGAGCCUCAGCGGUGACAGCUCCAUGGUUGAGAAGGAUCUCAUAAGAUUUGGCCAUGAGUAUGAAUUCCGGAGGGCUGUUGAGAUUCCACAAUUCUGGUUCACGAAGAGCAAUCUCCAUCCGUGCCGGUUUGUAUCAAAGAGUGUGAAGAUUCUCAGAGGUAUAACAAACACCUCGAUGACCUCUAAUAGAAUACCACCACUUGUUGAUUUCUUCCAAGGCUCGUACCUUCCAAAUCUUGAGCAGGUCUUUGGCGUUGCCAUUGAAAGUGGGAUCCCUCUCAGCAUGUUUGAUCGCUAUCCCAUGCUUAGGUCAUUGUCGUUGGAGAGUGCAUAUACAGGGGACGAUGAACUCUUUUGGAAUGCGAGUAAGAGUGUCACACGAUUGAACAGCUUACAAGAACUAACCAUUGUGGGGAACUCUGCCUGUCUAUGUGAUCUGUAUCUACCAAGUCUACAGUUGUUAUCGCUUUCAAUCUACGGAUCUCGAGAACGUGAGGAGGAAAAUACGCUGAGAUUCGAACGACUCCGAGCCCCCAGUUUGAAGCAAUUGGCGUUUGAGUUCACAUCUCUGCCUAAUGCCCUGUUUAACGUUCUUGAUGAACUGUCUCCGGUUUUAGAUGGAGUGGAGAUGUGCUCAUUGACCACGAACUCGAAGUCAUUUAUCAAGAGUAACGAACUGAUCAACCAGAUGGUGGGAUUGAAGCAGUUGAGUAUGUCCUACAACAACAUUGACGUCAACGACAUACCACAAUCACACGACACGCUGGCUACGGAGUCCCUGUAUUCAAUAUCACCGGAGGAUCCUCCUUUCAGUCUGCACUUAUCGUCGACGAUAGAGGAUUUAACCCUAGGUCGGUUUGAUACGCAGAGCGUGCUCACCGUCGGUUCACAGUUCAAGCAAUUGAAACGACUGUCCAUCACGUUAAAGAUACGGGUCGAGAGGCAGGAUUAUACUUUUGAUCAUACGCAUUUCCCAAGCCUACAAGUCCUGGAGAUUGACUACGUGAACCUAUACUCACAUCUACAAAACUGCAACAUCUUCGUGAAGAUUGAUCUGAAGGACGUUGAGCUGGUGUUUACCAAACAGCCGUUGCCAAUGUCCAAUGUGGACUUUGUCCAAUUGCCCAAGCAUAUCGGCGUGCACCUGAUGGAAUGA